UUUUUUUUUUGCCUUUUCCACACUCACGUCUGUGCAUUUUAUUUUAAUCAAGAUCUCAUUCACCCUAACCAUUCAUCCAUUGACACAUCAACACUCUCCUACAUUCAUUCAUUUCCCUUUGCUUAUAUAUCCAUAUCCACAUUCACUUUCAUAUCCAUAUUUCAUUUGAUACAGCAAUUUUAACUGACCAUGGGCUGCUGUGGAAGCAAACAGUCUGAUUAUGACGAGGACGAGCGCGUUCCUAUAUUGCGCGCCAAUGAGUUAUAUCCUGAAAAUAGGAUUAUUCAUGGAUCUAUCGAACAGAACCAAGCCCGUGAAUUCGAUUCCUUGCAAAGGAUUGUUGAGCGUACAGCAGGAAACCUGAUCGAUAUCCCGUCAACAUUGCAAUUGGAACGAUUGCAGCAACAGGAAGCUCAACAUCGAUCGAACGAAUACAUCGCUGCACUUAACGCAGUCAAGUUACCCGAACAGACUAUCAAGAAACUUUACAACAUGACAUCUGUCGUCAAGGCCGGAGGUGAUCUUCCGAAUGAGCAAUUGGAUGGUGUUCUCAAAUCAUCCGCUUCUUCCGCAGUAAAUUCGAUCAAGGCACCGUCAGUGCGAGAAGUCCUUGCAGAAAAGGCAAUUGAUUCCAAAACUUUGGGAUGGAUGACAAAUGCAAUGGGUGAACUUCACCGGGCCACUGAGCAAAUUGAUGUUAAGGAUGUAGGCGAUUUGAUCGUGACAUUAUCACCGCCCAAGGUGGCAUAGACCACUCUUAUUUUUCAUUUUUGUUCUAUUCAAAUUUUUUUUUUGUCUGUCUUGGUCCUUGAUCUCGCAUUAAACACACAUUUUUACACAUACACAUAUUCACCCACGCUACAUCCACAUUUACACAUUCAUUUACCCCAGACAACACGCAAUUUCCCUCAUCUCCAUUUAAUGCUAUCCUUUUGUUUCUUUUUUUCUUUUACUAAUGUCAGACCAAGUUUGUGUUUCGUUAACAAAACAAAAGUAAAAAU